GAGUCACACAGCCACCUAUGUACCCGACGGCUCUGUAACGGGGAGGUGAGGUGGGAUUUAAAUACCCUAAUGAGUCCUGCCUCGAAUAUUGGGGGUCAAUCCAUCCACCACCUGCAAAAUGCACCGCGUCACCGUGGUUAUUGCCUUGCUGGGCGGGCUAUCGCUCUGCGCCGCCGCCCCCUCGCAAAACAUCACCAGCGAUGUCUAUUUCUAUGGGAACUCCCCUCCGGUCUACCCGUCCCCGGAGGGAACGGGCACGGGUGCAUGGGCCACAGCUUAUGAGAAAGCAAAGGAGCUCGUGGCCCAGCUCACGGACGAAGAGAAACUGAAUCUCACGGCGGGUACCAGCACCACCACGGGCUGCUCAGGCGUCAUUGCAGCGAUCCCGCGUGUGAACUUCACCGGUCUCUGCGUGUCAGAUGCAGGCAAUGGACUGCGAGGCACGGACCAUGUCAACAGCUGGGCAAGUGGUAUACAUGUCGGUGCCAGCUGGAACAAGACCUUGGCUCACGAGAGGGCCCAGUAUAUGGGCCAAGAGUUUCACCGGAAAGGUGUGAACCUCCUUUUGGGCCCGGUAGUCGGUCCCCUGGGCCGUGUGGCAGAAGGCGGACGCAACUGGGAAGGGUUCUCCAACGACCCCUACCUGACGGGGGCACUGGUCUAUGAGACGGUUCGCGGCGUGCAGGGCUCCGGAGUCGGUGUCUCAACCAAGCACUACAUUGGCAACGAACAGGAGACGAACCGCAACCCGGAAACCGUGGACGGGGUCGAUGUGGCUUCAGUCUCAUCGAAUAUCGAUGACAAAACGAUCCACGAGUUGUACCUCUGGCCUUUCCAGGAUGCCGUGCGGGCAGGGAGCGUGGCGAUCAUGUGUUCAUAUGAGCGAAUCAACAACUCAUAUGCCUGCCAGAACAGCAAGACGCUCAAUGGUCUUCUGAAGACCGAGCUGGGCUUCCAGGGCUACGUUAUCACCGACUGGGGCGCCCAGCAUGGCGGCAUCGCCUCCGCCAAUGCCGGGCUGGACAUGGUGAUGCCCGACUCCACGUUAUGGGGGGCCAACCUCACUACGGCCAUCGCGAAUGGCAGUAUGGAGGCGUCGCGACUAGAUGAUAUGGUAACUAGAAUUCUCGCCACGUGGUACCAGCUGAAUCAGGAUACCGAUUUUCCCACCCCAGGAAUCGGCAUGCCUUCCAGCGUCGACUCGGAACACCAAGCCGUAAUCGGGACCUCGCCGGACGAGAAGGGGGCCUUGCUCCAGAGCGCCGUGGAGGGGCAUGUUCUCGUCAAGAACACCAAUGGUGCCCUGCCCCUGCAAUCGCCCAGUCUGGUUUCCGUGUUCGGAUACGAUGCGAAGGGGCCCGAGGCGUUGAGCUUUGUUGCCUCAUUUGGAACCUACAGCCCUGCUAUCCAGAACUCCACUCUCUACGUGGGCGGUGGCUCGGGGUCCAACUCUCCGUCGUAUCUCAGCACGCCGCUCGAUGCUCUCCAGCAACAGGCGUACGAAGAUAGCACGGCGGUGGUGUGGGAUGUCAGCUCCCAAGAUCCUGAUGUGGAUCCGACCUCUGAGGCCUGCCUGGUCUUCAUCAACAGCUACGCGACCGAAGGCUUUGACCGGCCGGGAUUGGUGGAUGAUUGGAGCGACACGCUGGUGACGAACGUGGCCGGGAAGUGCAACAACACGAUCGUCGUUAUCCACAACGCCGGCAUUCGACUGGUGUAUGACUGGAUCGACCACGCGAAUGUCACAGCCGUGAUUCUGGCCCAUCUCCCCGGCCAAGACACCGGACAUGCCCUGGUCAACCUCCUCUACGGCCGAGCCAACCCAUCGGGCAGACUUCCAUACACAAUCGCCAAGCAAGCCUCGGACUACGGCUCUGUACUGCAUCCUUCGGAGCCGCAGACCCCAUACGGACUGUUCCCCCAGUCCGACUACGCGGAGGGGGUGUACAUUGACUACCGGGCCUUUGAUCAGCAGAACAUCACCCCGCAGUUCGAGUUCGGGUUUGGCCUCUCGUACACCACCUUCAACUACUCGGAGCUGGAUGUGCGGCAGACCAACGGUAGCACCUCGCAGUAUCCUCCGUCUGCGACCAUCCAGGAGGGCGGAAACCCGCGCCUGUGGGAUGAGAUUGUGAAGGUGACGGCGACGGUGCAGAACAGCGGAUCGGUUGACGGGGACGAGGUGGCCCAGCUGUAUGUGGGCAUACCUAACGGUCCUGUCCGCCAGCUGCGAGGGUUUGAAAAGGUGCACAUCCCCGUGGGGCAGACCGCGCAAGUGAGCUUCUCGUUGGUCCGACGGGACCUCAGCACCUGGAGCGUGGACGCCCAGCAGUGGCUGCUGCAGUUGGGCACGUAUCAGGUCUAUGUCGGCCGGUCGAGCCGCGAUCUUCCGCUCACGGGGCAGUUUUCCCUCUAGAGCCCCCGGUAGACUAGUGGCUGUUCCAUAGAUCAAUGGCAUCUGAUGACUUGAGGUCCCAAUUUCAAACGAUCGAAACUGGCGAGAAUCCGGGCCCUGGCGGUUGGGAUGCCCUAACAUCCCUAUCAUCGGCACCACCCCCAACCAGCCCCCCUCCCCCAGCUCCUCCUGGGACUUGCCUCUCGUGUCUAGCAAGGUGCAGCUGCUGGGAAGUGGAAGUGGGGGUUAUCUCUCGUGCCACCAGGUCACCUGUUGGCUGCGGGGUUGCAGCGAGGUCGAUCCAUGGUUGCACUCCGUGUCACUCUCAAGCAAGCCCUCGUCCCCCUCGUCCCCCUCGUUUCCCCUCCUUCCCCCUUGGCCAUCGUGGCAGGACUCGCAAAAUGAAGACCGACUUGCGACAAUUCUCCAACCCUCCGGGGACGACAGGGCCGUACGCUAACCAUCUGGAUCUGGAUGUGCUGAUUGUGGGCGCCGGAUUCAG